GACGAAAGUCGAGGAACUAAUGCAAAGCUCUCUCCUUCUCUCGUGUCGCGAGUUUUGAAAACCUCUCCUCCUGUGCUUCAAUCAAAAUAGAGUGUGCAAUGGUAAUCUAUCAGUAUUAACAAGAAAAAAAAGAGGGGGAGAAAAAACUAAAAAAAACCCAAUGCACAAUGUCUAUCAAGCAUCCAAUUCGGACCUCGGAACAUUACCAAAAGUGCAACAAACAAUUUUCCAUUGUGAUUGAAGUGAAAAAAUAUUUGAAAAUUGCAUAACAGGAAAAAAUAUGCUUUUUCAAAUGAUCUAGUGAAAUUUUUCUGAAAGAGACAAAAAAAACAAUUUGUAAUAAUUUGAAUUUUCGUACAAAUCGUUAAAUUCGAGGCGCGGAUAUAACACAUUGAAAUGAAAUUCUUGCCUAUUAAAAUUGGAAUGGCCAAGUGAAACAUCGACCGUUUCCUGUAUGUGGUGAAUAGAAUUGUUGGUACGGAUUUGCUGAAAUUUAAUCGUCUACAUCAACACGAAUCGUAUAUAUAUAUAUUAUUACCCUUAGGAAAUUAUUAGUAUUUGCCAAGUGAGAAGAAAUUUUUUUUUCUUUCUUUGACAUUUUUAAGUUUUAAAUCGUGUGAGUGAUUAUAUUGACAUAUUAUAAAGAUAAGGUGGUGGAAAAAAUUAAAGAGUAUCAAUAACCAGAAUUUGUUGAGUCGAAGUGUCGUUUAUCUUUUUUUUAAAAAAAGUUUUCGUUUCAAGAAAAGGAAUAAGGAAAGAGAACUAUAGAGAAGUAACUCUAAUGUUUCUCAACGACAUGGGACCGUUAAUGUUCUUAGCACUCGCGGCCUCCCUCUUGGGUUACUGCCAAACAGAUGAAAAAGUAUCGUUUUAUGGAGCGAGCUACAUCCAUUUCCCGGUGCAGGAGGCAAAAGGUGCUACUGACAUUAGCUUCCGAUUUAGAACUCACCUGUCUGAUGCGAUGUUACUAUUAGCGGCGGGAAAGACAGAUUAUUGUUUAAUCAAACUUGAGGCUGGCAGAUUAAAGGUUCACAUUAAUUUAGGCGCUGGCGAGAGCGAAAUACCUAGUGCUCAACGUCUGACUCUUAAUGAUAACAACUGGCACGAGAUCAACUUGACAAGGCGAGAGGGAAAAAUUACUUUGCAAAUUGACGUAAUACAUAACACUGAAUUUCUCCUGCGGGGACAUUUUUUUGAGUUAAAUAUUCAUUACGGUGUGUUCAUCGGUGGAAGGGGAGAUUUCAACGAAUUAUUUCUCGGUCACAUGGAAUACUUGAGAGGUUGUAUGGCGAAUAUCGUUUAUAACGGAGCUAAAGUAAUAGAAUACGCUCGUUUGCGAAAGAACCAAUCAGAGCCAACAGCAGUCACUUGGGGUUGUUCUCCGGAAUUCGAUGCCACUUGGAGAACAAAUAUCAGUUUCGUUGAGGACGGAUCAUUUAUAGCAAUAACAAAGCAAAUUUCUCGUUUUGGAUCGAGCUGGAAAUUCGAACUGAAAACAGCGGCUGAAAGUGGAUUGCUGCUCUACAAUACUGGUCAAUCUACAUACGCAGAUUACCUAGGCAUUGAAUUGCUUGACAGGCGCGUACGGGUUUUGAUGAACAAAGGAAAUGGACCAACAGAACUGAUACAUUCCACAAUAGUAUCUGAUGGUAAAUGGCAUAGCAUAGUUGUCGACUUUAGUCCUAGCAAGAUUGGAAUCACUGUCGACAAGCAGAAGAAAAUGAUGGAACUGCCUUCAGGUGGAAAUCGAUAUCUCGACCUAGCAGACACAUUGUACAUUGGUGGCACCGAGCUGAAUAAAAGAGCUCGCGCUUUCAGCAAAGGUCUCAAGUCAGGAGACAUGAGUUACAAAGGUUGCAUAAGAAACAUGUUUUUGGAUAACAAGGAAAUUGGUUUGCCAGACGUGAAGGUCAGCCAAGGCAUUCUGGCUGGUUGCGUCUGGGGAUUUCCCUGCUUUCAUUCUGAUCCCUGUGCACUUGGUGCCAACUGCUCUCAUCUGGGAGUUGCGUCUUUUAAAUGCAACUGCAAUCAGCCAGUUUGUACCAAAUCUGCAUUUACAGAGGACUACAAAAAUAAUUCAAAUUUGAAUUUGCCGGUGAAUUUGGGAUUGUUGGAUCUCAAUCCGUUGUCAGUUCUUGAAGGAGGUAACGUGACAUUAACGAGAGAAAACAUAGCGAUGGUGUUGGACAUUGCCAAAUAUAAAAUGGGAGAGAGCAAUGUUAUAUUUACGCUGUUAAUAUUACCCGCACAUGGAACUCUCGCCUUCGACCUUUUAAUUAAUGGGAGGGAAACCACCUUCACUUUACACGACGUCAGCCAAAAUAAGAUACAAUAUGUACACGAUGGUAGUGAGACAACGGAGGAUAAUAUGGUGUUAGAAGUGACACUUGUGCCAGGUUAUGCUGGAUACACAUUACCCAGUUAUCUUCAAGGGCGGCUGAGAUUUUCCUUGAAUGUCAACGUGACGCCUGUCAACGACCCUCCAGUGCUGGAAAUACCGUCCGCCAAAGUGCUGCGACUCGCACAAGGAACCAGAAAAACGCUGACGAAGGAAUUAAUUUGGACCGUUGACGCUGAUACUCCUCCGGAAACGCUGAUAUACACGGUUCUUCGUGCAGAUACGGAUGCUGGCCACGUAGAAAAAGUGACGAAUCCAUCACGUCCUAUCGAUACGUUCACGCAAGAGGAAUUACUCCAAGGAUUAAUCGCCUACGUUCAUCGCGGAAACGCCAAAUCGAAUGCAAUGUUGAAGCUACAAGUGAGUGAUGGAAUGGAGACAAGCAAGCCAGCUAGUUUACGUGUGUCCGCUUAUUCUUUGUCGAUCAAAUUACACCACAACACAGGAUUGGUUGUAGUGCAUCGUUCAUUCUCCUACAUAACGCCUGCCAAUCUUUCUUUUCUAACAAACUCGGAUGAUUCAAGUAUUGAAAUUCGUUAUGAUAUUGUGGUGCCACCUCAAUACGGAUCCAUUCAAAGAAUCAAAAAUCAAAGCGGAAAUUGGAAGGAUGUCGAUUAUUUCAGUAGUAAAGAUGUUGAAAUGCAAAGUAUUCGUUAUAUACACAAUAUUAGCAGUCCCAGUUACGAUAGAUUUAAAUUUCAAGCGAGUGUUAGAGAAGUUCGAAUUCAACAGACUUUUGAAUUUAAUGUUACAUUCAUUGAUCUUGAAUUGAAGGAAAUGCGAAAGUACGGAAUUAACUUUACAAACGUCGCCGAUGUGUCUAUAAGUACACAGAGUUUACGGUAUCAAACGAAUCCCUUGAUUACUCCAUCGAAUAAAAUUAUUUAUCGAAUAGAGGUAAUUCCAAGGUACGGUGAUCUUGUACUGAUUCAGCAAAUUCUCAAAAAGUCCAAUACAUUCACACAGGAUGAUGUUGAUUCGGGAAAAUUGAAAUACAGACUUUAUCGAAAAGCUUAUUCGAAUAUUGAGGAUAAAUUUCUCUUUAAGGUUUCCGCACCUCAUUGCAGUGAUAUAUCUUCGAUUUUAACAUUCAGACAUUUGCUGGCGAAGAAUAUGAAAGUUCCGGAAAGUAUCGAGAAUUUACAAGUUGAGGAGGGUUCGAAAGUAUUAGUGAAGGUUGUUAAGACAAAUUUUGCUGAGUAUGGAGUGACUGGUUUGUAUUUUAAUAUCACUAGCGGACCAAAUCAUGGAUGGUUGUUGGUUAUGAAUAAUUCCAAUUCUAUCGUUAGAUCAAAAACAACUUAUUUCACAUUAGAAGAACUUUCGUCACAAUUAGUCUACUAUAUUCAUGACGAUUCCGAAACGAGAGAAGAUAAUUUUCAGUUUUUAGCAAUUUCGAAUAAUGGCAUCGAUUUUAUGUACAUUGGCAACUUUCGGAUCGAUGUCACAAUGAAAAAUGACAAUCCACCCGAGAGAGUUGAUCGCAAAGUGUUUUAUGUUGUAUCAAAAGGUGAACGACUCUUGACAAGCAAGGAUUUACUUUAUGUCGACAAGGAUGUCGAUACAAAACCGAGUAAUUUAGUUUACACCAAGAAAAACAUUGAGAAUGGUGGUCUUUAUAAAAUUACGGAUUUUUCCGUUCAGUUGAAUCAAUUCACUCAAGAGGAUGUCAACAAUGAAAUGAUUAUGUUUCGUCACUAUGGUGAUGAUAAUGGAAUUUUCAAAUUCACCGUCACUGAUGGUCAAAUAUCAACUCCCGGUGAAUUGGAGAUACAAGCGAGUGCGCCGUAUAUUAAUCUUCAGCUCGGUAAUUAUUUGGUUGUUCAAUUUAAUAAGUCAGCAACACUUACAAACAAGGAAAUUGAUUUGGAAACGAAUGUCUAUGCGACCGAGAAGGAUAUUAAAUUUACGAUUCUAGAGAAACCGAAAUUUGGAAUAUUUAUGAAACAUUUGAGAGAGUGUGUGGAUUUUAAUCAAAAUGAAUUAACGAAAGGUCUUGUGACGUAUAAACAUCUGGAUGUUUCAUCCACGAAAGAUAGUGUGAAAUUUCAUGUUUCGGCGAGAGGAGCGGAAACACAGGGAUUAUUGGGUGUGAAAAUUUAUCCCGAGAGUUAUUGGGAGAGUCUUAUUGUGCAGAAUAAUAGAACGAUAUUUGUCGAAGAGGCGACGAGUAUUCUUAUUAGUAACAAGAGUCUCGAGAUAAUGCAUCCAAAAAUACCGGCUAAUCAAAUUACGUAUUAUCUUCAGGAGUGGCCUAGAAAUGGCUAUUUGGAAAUACAAUCGCCAGAUGAUGUUAGCGAUGAGACUAAGGACGAUUAUAGUGGAACAUUGGUGAGACAUUUUGAGCAAAAUUUAAUCAAUGAGGACCGUUUAUAUUACGUGCAGGCAGUGAUAAAUCAAACUCGUGACAGAUUUGUUGUUGAUGUCACCAAUGGAAUCACAUGGCUACGUGGUCUUGUGGUGAAUUUUGUCAUGAUACCAGAAAAAUUGUACAUGAGUGCUCACAAUUUAACGGUGAUUGAAGGUAAAACUGUGGCAUUUACGCCGAGUGAUUUUUACGCAAUUACCUCAUAUUAUGCGGGGAAAAUAACUGAUUAUACGAUAGAAGAAAAGCCAAAACACGGCUCUAUUAUUGAUUCAACGAGAAAUUCACAAGUGAAAAGAUUUUCUCAAAAACACAUAAAUUCGGGAAUAAUUAUUUAUAAACAUAAUGGUGAUGAGUCAUUUAGUGAUAGUUUCAAAAUGAUUGUAACAACUGGCGAUAAGACGAGUGAACCAUUCAAAGUUUGGAUUAAUGUACAACCAGUUAAUGACGAGGUACCAAUACUUUCGAGUGAAACAAAUUUGAGUGUUUGGCAAGGAGGUUCAAUUGUACUUUCAAAUUCUGAAUUACAUGCCAUUGACAAUGAUACUUCUCCUGAUGAUGUCAUUUAUAAUGUCACCAGUGUCAAGAAUGGAUUUAUUUCACUCACAACAAUUCCCGAGAGGGAUGUUUAUAUUUUCAGUCAACAGCAAAUCAACGAUGGAAAAGUUCUAUUCACCCACACCAAUGGAAGUGAUACUCAAUUUUCCUUCGCUUUAUUCGAUGGCAUUCAUGCAACGGACAUUUACACGAUUAAAAUUGUAACGAAACCCGUUCAACUCUUAAUAACAAGGAACAAUGCCUUGAAUGUUUUUCCGUUAACGAGGAAGACGAUCUCUGAUAAAUUACUGUUAACGACUUGCUCCGAUAAUGACCGAGAAAUUAAAUACAUUGUCAAAAAUCCGCCGAGAAUGGGAAAAAUUAUAAUGGAAACGAGCGAAGGCGCCUGGCAGGAAGUCAAUAAGUUUACCCAAAGUAAUCUUAAUGAAAAUAAAGUUACUUAUGAGCAUACGAAACAAUUUAUGGAUCUUUUGGCAAACGAUUCAUUCACGUUUGAAGUUGAAACUCAUUAUGCGAUGCCAAUUACAAACCAAGUGUUUAGAAUAGACAUUUCAGUCUCGAGUGGCGGACUGGACAGAUACGUUGUUCCAACAACAGUGAGAGUGGAAGAAGGUGGAAAAGCGGCAGUUCUCAUGAACAUCAGUGGAAUAAUUUAUUUUCUAAAAACAAAAUCCGGUAUUACCGAGCCAACUGUGAGAUUAAAACUGGCUAAUCGUCCUCAACAUGGUCACGUGAUGCUACUGCCAGAUUUGAAUAUCACAACCUUCGAGCAGCCUCAGCUGGAAAGUGGAGACGUCGCUUAUUUUCAUGAUCACUCUGACACGACGGAAGACACUAUUGGAUUUUCUCUCUAUCUCGUUGCUUCACAACUGACGCGUCAAGUUUUUCUCUGCAACGUCAGCGUUCCAGUGACGAUUACGCCCGUUAAUGACGAGGAAUUUAAACUCGAGUUAAAUGAGCACAUCACCGUUGUACAAAAUCAAAAUCAAACAAUAACGCGAGAUAAUUUAUUGACAACUGACGUCGAUACUCCAUCUGAAGAUUUAAUUUACGAGGUGAUAUCAGGGCCAACACAGGGAAGAUUACUAUUGUUGCCCUUUGAUCAGAAUUCAACGGAAGUGCACAUAGCGAAUAAAUUCUCGCAAUUUGAUAUCGAUUCCUCGAGGGUUGUCUAUGAACACAGUGGUCCAUUGCAAGCUGUUUCCUUUUACUUUAGAGUUUGGGAUGGACAUUUUAAUCAUGUAUAUAAAAUCUUUAAUAUUCACGUAGUUCCGAUAAAAUUGAACGUCACCGUUCCGUCACCAGUUUUGUUGCCUCAGGGUCAAAAAGUCGCCAUGAUCUCAGAACAUAACGUGAGACUUGACUCGAAUGCAAGACAAGAUCUUGUCAUUUAUAAAGUGACAAGAUCGCCAAAACACGGUGUACUCUACGUACGUAAUUUACUUGCAGUGACUUUUAAACAACUCGAUCUCGCUUCCAAGAUUGUUAUAUACAUGCAAUCAGACAUGACAGUAUCGAACGACAGUCUCGAAUUGUCGGCCCAACUUGGUGACUUUGAAGUGAAGAACAUUCACGUCGACAUUAAAGUCGAUCCACUAAUGAUCAUUAAUCCUCUCGUGAUACUCGCUGGCGAUAAGAAGAAACUGACUCUUCAAUAUUUGGACGCAACUCCCCUCGCCACAUUGACGAACAGCAAUCCAAUUUACACAGUGACGCGAAAACCGAAAUUCGCCAGAAUCAAGCGAAUCAUCAGAAGUUUAUCAUCGACUGGUGAGAAGCGUGGUACGCGAGAAAAAGAUGUGACUAGAUUCACUCAUCAGGAAAUUGUCUCCGGAGUGAUUUAUCUUGUGGGCAACAAAAUAUCAACCAUGAAUUCCGAAGGUGUACCAGAUAAUUUUUGUUUUAUUUUGGUAGCCUCAAUUUUCCAACCAGCGGAAGGUGAAUUUCCCUUUCUAUUGAAAUUGGAUUUGGACGAUCAUAAUAUGACCAUGGGUGGUCCAAUGGAUCCUGUGGGUCAUGAGGGUGAGAUGGCAAUUGCUCCGAAUAUGAGCAAUGAUUAUUUACUCAUUCUGGGAAUGUUGAUUGGUGUCUUUGUUCUGAGUGUCGUGGUGAUAAUAACGAUUCGAUACAGACAAAAUCAAUACAAGUACGCGGAAGAGGAUGACAAACCGGAAACAGCGCCUACAGUUGGUGUGAUGCCUUUACCGAGACCUCCUGAUCACUUGAUGCCUACAACGCCUCAUCUCAAGAGAUUCGCCAACGAUCACAAUAGUCUAUCCUCGAGUACGCCUCUACCGUCACUUCCAACAAUGACGUCAACUUUACCACAAUGCAAGGUCAUUCCUUUGAGUCCAUUGGAGAGUAUAACGGGCUCCGAGGUCGACGUCUCGGCGAGGUAUCCUUAUGGAGUUGCCGACGGUGACGAGUGGAGUAGUUUCGACACAUCGGAGCUUCCCUGUCAAUCGGCAACAUCGCAGAGACCGAAUCCUCUUCUCAGAAGAAAUCAAUAUUGGGUCUAGCAGAAGUCUUACGUCCAUACGGGACGAAAAACGAACUGAAAAAAAAAUUGUAUAAAAGAGGAAAAAAGAAUAAUUAUCAACUUUUUUCAAAAGACUGACCUACGUCAAGAUUAUCUGAUCGCUACUACGAACUCAAUGUGCCUAAUGAAGUAAGACUUUUCGAAGCCUUUCUGCGAUUCUGUGGAGCCAUUUGUGAGGCCGCUUAUAUAUGUGUGAUUGUUCGUUUUUUUUUUUAUUAAGUGUGAUGAAUUUAUCUGCGCUCUUGGCUGCGUUAAAGACAGUCGCGAAGAAAUUAAUCUUUUUAAUACGCUGUUGAAUGAAUUCCGAUUUAUAGUGAUUAAUGAUAAGUCGAGAGUAAAAGGUUUCUAUGUUUUUUUUUAUUUUCUAAGAUUAUUGAUAAUUACGUACUUUAAGUAGAAUUUUUGAAUCCAAGGGGAGGGAACUAAUUUCAAUCGAAUAAAAUUUACAUUCAAUUUAUACAAAUUUUAAAACAUCAUAAUUUUAUUUUUAUUAUAAUUAUAAUUUCUAAUUGAUAAGACUUUCUAAUUAAUUUGAAGUCUUAAUUAAUUAGCCUUUGGAAUUAAUAAGAUUUUCUAAUUAAUUGGAAAUCUUAAUUGAAGAUUCCCAAAUCCUUUCUAAUUAAUAAGAUUUUUUAAUUAAUUAAAUAUUUUACUUGAUUAGCCAUUUUAAUUAAA